AUGGCUGAGAACGGCGAGAGCAACGGCCCCCCGCACCCCUCCCGCGGCCCUGCUGCGGCCCAAGGCUCGGCUGCUGCCCCGGCCGAACCCAAAAUCAUCAAAGUCACUGUGAAGACCCCCAAAGAGAAAGAGGAGUUCGCUGUGCCCGAGAAUAGCUCGGUCCAGCAGUUUAAGGAAGCGAUUUCGAAACGCUUCAAAUCCCAAACCGACCAGCUAGUGUUGAUUUUUGCCGGAAAAAUCUUAAAAGAUCAAGAUACCUUGAUCCAGCACGGCAUCCAUGAUGGACUGACUGUUCACCUUGUCAUCAAAAGCCAGAACCGACCUCAGGGCCAGUCCACGCAGCCUAGCAAUGCCGCGGGAACUAAUACCACCACGGCAUCGACUCCCAGGAGUAACUCCACACCGAUUUCCACAAAUAGCAACCCAUUUGGGUUGGGGAACCUGGGAGGACUUGCAAGCCUUAGCAGCCUGGGUUUGAGCUCGACCAACUUCUCUGAGCUCCAGAGCCAGAUGCAGCAGCAGCUCAUGUCCAGCCCUGAGAUGAUGAUCCAAAUCAUGGAAAAUCCCUUUGUUCAGAGCAUGCUUUCGAAUCCCGAUCUGAUGAGGCAGCUCAUUAUGGCCAAUCCGCAGAUGCAACAGUUGAUUCAGAGAAACCCAGAAAUAAGUCACCUGCUUAACAACCCAGAUAUAAUGAGGCAGACCCUCGAAAUCGCCAGGAAUCCAGCCAUGAUGCAAGAAAUGAUGAGAAAUCAAGACCUGGCUCUGAGCAAUCUCGAAAGCAUCCCAGGUGGCUACAAUGCUCUAAGGCGCAUGUACACUGACAUUCAAGAGCCUAUGCUAAAUGCUGCACAAGAGCAGUUUGGGGGUAAUCCGUUUGCCUCGGUGGGGAGCAGUUCCUCCUCUGGGGAGGGUACACAGCCUUCCCGCACAGAAAAUCGAGAUCCACUACCCAACCCAUGGGCGCCACCACCGGCUACUCAGAGUUCUGCGACCACCAGUACGACUACGAGCAGUGGGAGUGGAUCUGGCAGUAGCUCCAGCAGUACUACUGGGAACACCGUGGCUGCAGCCAGUUAUGUCGCCAGCGUCUUCAGUACCCCGGGAAUGCAGAGCCUGCUGCAACAGAUAACUGAAAACCCCCAGCUGAUCCAGAAUAUGCUGUCUGCACCCUACAUGAGAAGCAUGAUGCAGUCUCUGAGCCAGAAUCCAGAUCUGGCUGCACAGAUGAUGCUGAAUAACCCACUGUUUGCUGCAAAUCCGCAGCUGCAGGAGCAGAUGCGUCCACAACUCCCAGCUUUCCUGCAGCAGAUGCAGAAUCCAGAUACACUGUCAGCCAUGUCAAACCCAAGAGCAAUGCAAGCUUUAAUGCAGAUCCAACAGGGGCUACAGACAUUAGCCACAGAAGCACCUGGCCUCAUUCCAAGCUUCACUCCAGGGGUGGGGGUGGGGGUGCUGGGAACCGCCAUAGGCCCGGUAGGCCCAGUCACUCCCAUAGGCCCCAUAAGCCCCAUAGUCCCAUUUACCCCCAUAGGCCCCAUUGGGCCUAUAGGACCCACUGGCCCCGCAGGUCCCCCUGGCUCCACUGGCUCCAGCGGCCCUGCUGGCUCUGCUGGCCACACUGGGUCCACGGUGUCUAGCUCUGCACCCAGUGAAACCACGAGUCCAACAUCAGAAUCUGGACCCAGCCAGCAGUUCAUCCAGCAAAUGGUGCAGGCUCUGGCUGGAGCAAAUACUCCACAGCUGCCAAAUCCAGAAGUCAGAUUUCAGCAACAACUGGAACAGCUCAACGCAAUGGGGUUUUUAAACCGUGAAGCAAACUUGCAGGCCCUUAUAGCAACAGGAGGCGACAUCAAUGCAGCCAUUGAGAGGCUGCUGGGCUCCCAGCCAUCGUAAUUACGUUUCUGUACCUUGAAAAAAAUGUAUCUUAUUUUUGAUAAUGGCUCUUAAAUCUUUAAACACACACACCCCCGUGCUUUACUUUCAUUUUAAUUCUUUUUAAAUCUGUCUAGUUAUAAAUCUAAUAUGAUGCAUUUUAAGGUGGAGUCCCUUCCCUUUCCUUCCCUUCCUUUCUUCCUUCCGUUUCCUUCCUUCUCCAUUGUGAAUGAUGAGAAUCAAUACUGUUUCGCUCAAAAGUGCUGCAUGCAAACACUUCUCUUUACUCUGCAUUUAUUGUGGUUUUUGGAAACAGGUAUCAGCCGUCAGAAUUGAGUGAACAAGUUUUGUUCUACAAAUGUCCAGUUUAUUUGCAUUUUAACAUUAGUCUAUGAUAGUAAUUUAAUGUAGAACGAACAUAUUAGAAGCAAAUUAUUUGAAGCACUCUAAUUUGUGGUAUAAUAUUGCUUAUUGUGAGUUUGGCAUGUAUUUUUGCUAGCAAAAUGCUGUAAGAUUUAUACCACUUUUUUUGCUAUAUUUGUACACAGUACAGUAAGCGCAGUUGGAACUGUGCAUCUUUUAGAAACAUUACAAUAGACUGAGCAGAAUACAUGUAACCAAAAUGAGAAAGAAUAAAAUAAGUAUUUCUGAAACUACUUCUCCCAGUUUUGUAGAAUCUUACAGCAUCUUUGAUAAACUCAGUGAAAAUGUUGGCUAGGCAAGUUCAGUUAAAAUAUAGUAGAAAUGUUUAUUCUGAUUAUCUGUAAGUAUACAUUUAAUUGUACAGAAAACUUUCAGUGUAACAUUGUGUCAGCAUUUGCAGAUUGUAUCUGAUCUUAAUCUUCGUGCAACCUGAAGGAUCAGUGUAGUAAUGCCAGGAAAGUGCUUUUUACGUAAGGCUUUUCUUCUCAGCUUCUCCCAUAAAGAGACCCUAAUAUGCAUUUUGAUUUGUAAUUGGAAAUAUAACUUUCCCUGAAAGUGUCAUGUGAUGUUUGAAUUACUUCUAACUGUUAUGUAUAAAGGAAACUGUAUCUUCUGCCUUUAUCAGUUAUUUCUCUUGUGCACAGGGAAAAUGCAUAAAAAAUGACUAAAAAAAUAAUAAAAUAAUAAAAAAAUGGAUAAAUCUUUUCAUUUUUGCCUUCUGGCCUUAGGACCACAUUUUGAAGGAUUGCCCCACCUCAAGAGUAUGUAAAUUUUAUCCUGUAUUUCUUUUUCUAACUUACCAUUUUAUUUAAAAAAAAUUUUGCCAUCUGGAAUUAUUUUGAUGUGUCAAACCAGCCUAUUGCCAUCUAGUUGAUUCUGAGUUAUAGCGACCCUGUAGGACAGUAGAACUGACCCCAUAGGGUUUCCAAGCCUGUAAUCUUC